CCUGCUGAUCCAAACCAGCAGCCUCCGUCUGCGAACCUCGCGAAUCCACGCUUCACUCUCGAGCUCGAGUUUGUCUCCUCCCUCGCGAACCCUUAUUACCUGUCACAUCUCGCAGUCAACUAUCCCGGCCUGCUUGGGAUUUCCACGUCUACAGACGACGAAGACACAGACUCCACUCUCUCUGCAGACGCACAGGCAUUCGCGGCCUACCUUGCCUACCUCUACUCGUACUGGAAGACGCCCGAAUACUCGCAGUUCCUCACGCAUCCCGGGGCAACACUACGUGCCCUCAAGUUGCUUCAGCAGGAAACCUUCCGUCGCGAUAUUAUCCGCCCGCAGGUGAUCGAGGCGCUCGCGGGGACUGGUAUUCCCGAUGAG